AUGGCGACAAUAACAACCUGGAUGGUGGCGCUAGUCUUAGUCCUUGCGGUCCUUCUGUGCCUGUACCGGGUCCUAUACAAUAUCUUCUUCCACCCGCUGGCAAAAUUCCCCGGACCAAUGCUGGCUGGCGCCACAUCGGGCUGGAGAGCGUAUAAGGAGGUUAUCAAGCAGGAGACGUUGGCCAAGGAGCUCUUUGGUCUCCACCGACGAUAUGGUGACAUAGUUCGCAUUGCUCCAAACGAGCUUCAUUUUGGAAACCCACAUGCAUUUCACGAAAUAUACCACAGAAGUAAACGGUGGGAUAAAGACCCAGGCCUCUAUCGAACGCUUGGAGUCAAGAGCGGAUCGUUCGUGUUUUUGAAGUACGAUCAUGCGAGAGAACGAAGAGAGGCGCUUUUGCCAAUUUUCUCCAAGAAGGCUAUCCAGAGCCUCGAGCACCUUGUCUGGCGAAAUGCCACUCGCCUUGCAUCGUCUAUUACCAAGGCUCAUGCGAUGCAACACUCCAUCGACCUCCUAUAUGCAUUCCGCUCCUACACCCUUGACAUUAUUAUGUGCUUCACAUUCGGUAACUGCGUUAACGCGUUGGAUGCACCAGCGUUUCGAGACCCCCUAAUUCUGGCUAUGGACGCUAGCCUGCGCAUGUUGCCUAUGUUAAAACAUUUCUCCCUGAUUCGUAACCUGCUUUAUGUCGUUCCUGCGGAUCUGGUUAUGGGUGUCCUACCGGACGCUAAGCGGUUGGCACCACGGCUGUAUCAGGUUCGCAAUCUAAUUCAGCGGCAGCUGCAAGCUGUGUUACAGUGCCCUACAAAGCUGGAUACCGUGUCCCACCAGACCAUCUUUCAUCGCCUGCUGGACCCUCAAGUAUACCGGAGAAAGACGGUGCCGAGUAUGAUGGCCCUUCAAGAGGAAGGCAUCACGCUUAUAUUUGCAGGCGCCAAUACAGUAGCUGACACACUGCUCAUGGGCCACUGGCACACGAUGCAAAAUCCCAGCCUGCUCACAAAACUGAGGCACGAACUUGUUACAGUCUGGCCAGAACUCAAUACGCAGCCGGCCUUGAACGACCUUGAAGCCCUUCCGCUACUUACCGCAACCAUCAAGGAAUCUCUACGCUUUGUCCCUUCAGGCGUGUCGCUGACCCGCAUAGUUCCCCCCGAAGGCGCAAUUAUAUCGGGUCAACAGAUACCCGCUGGUACGGUAGUUGGCAUGGCAAUCUUGCAUGUACACCGGUCCACCGAGAUCUGGGGGGACGAUGCUCUUGAAUUCCGGCCGGAACGGUGGCUAGAGGGUAGAGAGAAAGCAGAUUCAGGGGACCAGAGCUCAAGCCAGCCGAAAGACCUAGACCACUGGCUCGUGCCGUUUAGUCGAGGGCCACGCAUGUGCUUCGGCAUGAACCUAGCCUGGGCAGAGCUGUACAUUGGCUUUGCAACUAUGAUUCGGCGGUUUGAUCUUGCCAUUGAUGGCACAACAGCAGAAGAUAUGGAGUGGCGGGAGUGCAUUGCAGCAUACUUUCCUAGGAGGCACUUGCAUGCGUGGUGCCACCCAGCCCAGACUUGA